AUGAGCAACAACGCACAUCGCAUAGCUUCACCUUCAGAAUAUCUGGAAUAUGAAAUAAUGGACAUCGAACCAGAGAAAAGCCACUUACAGCGACUUUCCCAUGAAUAUUUAAAGCCUAAUAUCGGGUUGGUUUAUUUGUUGACGGCUAAUCUGUUUAAUAGCGCGAUGGUUGUUUCGACAAAGCUGUUAGAGACAGAUCCGACCUUAGAAGCUCCUAUAACGCCACUGCAAAUUUUGGUGGUUCGAAUGUUCAUCACAUAUGUCGGCACGUUAAUAUACAUGUACUGGAACAGAGCUAAAAUCGACCAUGUUCCGUGGGGUCCGCCCGAAAUGCGCAAAUGGCUAAUACUUAGAGGAUUCACUGGAUUUUUCGGCGUUUUUGGGAUGUAUUAUUCCUUGAUGUAUUUAUCAGUCCCAGAUGCUACAGUAAUAACGUUUUUGGGACCGUCACUCACGGGAAUAUUAGCCUGGAUUAUACUACAUGAAAGGUACUCUAAAGUUGAAGCACUAGGUGGUGUGAUCUCGCUUUUUGGUGUCGUGCUAAUUGUGCGACCAACGUUCUUGCUGGGAGGAUCCGGAACUGGUCAAACUAACGACGCUGUGGAGUCGAGUGAUCCAAAAGAUCGGCUUUUCGCAACGCUUGUGGCGCUCGUCGGUGUUCUGGGCUCUUGCAACGUCUACAUCAUCAUUCGUUACAUUGGUAACCGGGUUCAUGCCAUUAUGACUGUCUCAUAUUUCGCUCUCAUAGUAUGCGUCGUGUCCUUUGUCGGAAUUUGUACUAUUCCUUCCAUUGGGUUUCAAAUGCCACAAACAGGUAGACAAUGGUUUUUGUUCUCACUCAUAGGAUUCUCAGGGUUUUUCAUGCAACUAUUGCUAACCCUGGGUAUUCAGAAAGAGCGCGCUGGAAGAGGCGCUUUCAUGGCGUACUCUCAGGUAAUCUAUGCCUUAUUAUGGGAUAUGAUUAUAUGGCACCACUUGCCGGGCUUGUGGUCAUGGUGCGGGAUGAUUGUGAUCGUAGGUUGCGGUAUCUGGGUCAUUCGCUUUAAACCCAAGCCAGAGAUUACAGUGCUGACUGGUCAGGACAGUAUUCAAAUGGAGAAUUUUGAAAUUGAAGAAGAGAGUCAACAAAACAAGACGUAG